AUGGCCAUAGAAGCAGAGGAUAUGUCAUCUAAUAGUAUCAAGAUUUUAGCAGGGAACUCACAUCCUGAACUGGCUGCGAUAAUCUCGAAGAGAUUGGGAAUACCGCUAUCUAAGGUUGGCGUUUAUCAGUAUUCGAACAAGGAAACUUCUGUAACCAUUGGUGAAAGUAUUCGUGAUGAAGAUGUCUAUAUCAUUCAGACGGGGACAGGCGAACAGGAGAUAAACGAUUUUUUGAUGGAACUUCUAAUCAUGGUGCACGCUUGUAGAACAGCAUCGGUAAGGAGAAUCACUGCUGUUAUACCCAACUUCCCAUAUGCGAGACAGGACAAAAAGGAUAAAUCAAGAGCGCCGAUUACAGCAAAAUUAAUAGCUAAUUUGCUAGAGACAGCAGGUUGUGACCAUGUUAUUACAAUGGAUCUACAUGCUUCUCAAAUACAAGGAUUUUUUCACAUACCGGUCGACAAUCUUUAUGCGGAGCCAAGUGUUCUGAAUUAUAUCGAGACAAAAACUGAUUUGGCAAAUGCAAUCCUUGUAUCACCGGACGCAGGUGGCGCCAAAAGAGUUGCUUCUCUAGCCGAUAAGUUAGAUUUGAACUUCGCCUUGAUUCACAAGGAAAGACAAAAGGCAAAUGAGGUCUCUAGAAUGGUCCUUGUUGGUGAUGUCACAGGGAAAUCUUGUUUAUUAAUAGAUGAUAUGGCAGAUACAUGUGGGACAUUGGUCAAAGCUACCAAUACAUUACUAGACCAUGGUGCAAAAGAAGUCAUUGCCAUUGUGUCGCAUGGUAUUUUCUCUGGCGCUGCCAGAGAAAGAUUGCAGAAUAGCAAAUUGUCAAGAAUUGUUUGUACCAAUACCGUCCCAGUGGAUCUUGAUUUGGAUAUAUUGGAUCAGAUUGAUAUAAGCCCCACGCUGGCGGAGGCUAUAAGAAGAUUGCAUAAUGGUGAAUCUGUGUCCUAUUUGUUCACUCAUGCUCCAUCAUAA